AUGUCGGACAAGGGGGAACCUCCCCCAACACGCCGUAAACCACCAGAUAGGCGUCCGGGAGUACUCGACAGGCCCCUCAUGGAGCGAGACCUCUUCGCUCCUGAGAGAUCUAGAGUGCUCCCACCUUACAGCCAACUCCCGAGGCGAAUAGGCAGUAUACCGGCGCCCGGCGCCGCGCUCGGCGCAGGUGAAGCUGUGUCUUCACCGAGCGCAGAACUGGCUCCAUUACCACGCCGGAGCCUAGCCUCGCGGAGACGUACACCUCCUGAGAUAGAACAAGACCAGCUGCAAGAGGAGAAAAGGCUGAGAGCCGGAUCAGACUCACUAUCUGAUUCGGCAUCGCCUUCUGCCUCUGCCACACCACCUGAGAUACAAGCCCCACAACCUGUGGUAAGACAUAACAGACCGCCUAACUCACCGACUCCAACCACCUCUCCGGCCUGCACCGCUGACAUGCAGGAUUUCGGUGAGGAAGACCCGGAAGGAGAGAGAGAGUGGGACAAUACGUCCUACGCCACUCUAGCCCCAAUUCAAGACUCCCAACCUGCAAACCAGGAGCCUAUACCUGGUCCAUCUUCAGCGCCGGACUCUUAUGCGCAAAUUGCAGCAGCGCCAAGGUCAGCGCCACCAUCACCUCCACCACCACCUGCACAGAAAGAACAACAGCCACAGACCGCUCGGAAAUCCACCGGUGGUAAAGCGCCGCGUAAACAACUGGCCACCAAAGCAGCCCGUAAGAGCGCACCAGCAACCGGCGGUGUUAAGAAACCACAUCGCUACAGGCCCGGUACCGUCGCUCUCCGUGAGAUUCGUCGCUACCAGAAGAGCACCGAGCUCCUCAUCCGCAAAUUGCCGUUCCAACGUUUGGUGCGUGAAAUCGCUCAGGAUUUCAAGACCGACCUCCGCUUCCAGAGCUCCGCCGUGAUGGCCCUUCAAGAGGCUAGCGAAGCUUACCUAGUCGGGUUGUUCGAAGAUACCAACUUAUGCGCGAUUCAUGCAAAACGCGUAACCAUUAUGCCGAAAGACAUACAGUUGGCGCGCAGAAUUCGCGGGGAACGAGCUUAA